AAAAGAGCUUACUCUUUCUUUGUCAGUACUUGCGAAAACAACUUAAAAGAAGUUAGUAUUAUUGGACUGAAUUCAGUAAUUAGCAUAAUCAUGAUGCUAUGUAUUGUUCAGCAGAGCACGCCCCUUGGCCAAAUUUCCCAUUAAGAGGACACCGAUGUUGUCCUAGUGAAUAAAUCCCAGCACACAUGAUGCAAAUCAGCGAGUUCCUGCCUGCUGCGCCGGUGCGGUUAAUUUUAGCUGGGGUUUGUUCUAGGAGUUGUAAAACUGUUUACCCAAGUAGAAGUUAGUAAGCUGAAAUGUGACUUCUCGGCCUAAGGUGAUAGGAUAUCUAUUUUAGACUUCAGAUUGUGUUCAUGGUCGGGAGAACAGUCUUCUGAAGAAUUGCGGCUCAGAUUUCCUUUGAAAGUGCUUCCCCUGCACAUAGGCCACCACAAAGUUGACUUGACUUGAGCCACUGAAACCUCUUUACGUCCUUUCUCUUCCCUUCGGUGCCACCACCACGCUGGGCCAGGGGCCUCCCCUUAUGCCCGAACCAUGCAGGAGGAGCCUGGAGGAGACAUCACAGCUUUCCCAGAUUGGGAGGAAAAAUAUGGAAUGUGUUUUACCGCUGACUGAACACAACCAAAUGAACUGUACUGACAGUAGUUUGAAAACCAGCAGUUAGCAGUUUGUUCAGGCUCUAACAUUGUCCAGCACUUUCCAGAGCAAACUCACUGUUUACAAGAACUCUCGGCCUUACGACGUUUAUAACCUCAAGCUUUGUUUAUUUAAAAUAUUCCCGCACGAGAAAAGUACCUGGCGCCCACUUUCCAAAAUGGCCAUGGAUGAGUAUUUGUGGAUGGUCAUUUUGGGUUUUAUCAUAGCUUUUAUCUUGGCAUUUUCCGUUGGUGCAAAUGAUGUUGCCAAUUCAUUUGGUACUGCUGUGGGCUCUGGCGUGGUGACCUUGAGGCAGGCAUGCAUUUUGGCUUCAAUAUUUGAAACCACCGGCUCAGUGUUAUUGGGAGCCAAAGUAGGAGAGACCAUUCGAAAAGGUAUCAUUGAUGUGAACCUAUACAACGAGACAGUAGAAACACUAAUGGCUGGGGAAGUUAGUGCAAUGGUUGGCUCAGCUGUUUGGCAGCUCAUUGCAUCCUUCCUGAGACUUCCAAUCUCAGGAACUCAUUGCAUCGUUGGUUCUACUAUAGGAUUCUCACUUGUUGCAAUUGGUACACAAGGUGUGCAGUGGAUGGAGCUUGUCAAGAUUGUUGCUUCCUGGUUUAUAUCCCCACUGUUGUCUGGUUUCAUGUCUGGCGUGCUGUUUAUACUGAUCAGAAUUUUCAUCUUAAAAAAGGAGGACCCUGUUCCCAAUGGCCUCCGGGCACUUCCAGUGUUCUAUGCUGCUACAAUAGCAAUAAAUGUAUUUUCCAUCAUGUACACAGGAGCACCAGUGCUUGGUCUGGUCCUUCCCAUAUGGGCAAUAGCACUCAUCUCCUUUGGUGUUGCACUGCUGUUUGCCCUUUUUGUAUGGCUCUUUGUGUGUCCAUGGAUGCGGAGGAAAAUAGCAGGCAAAUUACAAAAAGAAGCUGCUUUAUCGCGAGUUUCUGACGAAAGCCUCAGUAAAAUUCAGGAAGUGGAGUCCCCAGUAUUUAAAGAGCUACCAGGUGCCAAGGCUAAUGACGACAGCACUGUCCCUCUCACGGGCUCAGCUGGGGAGCCAUCUGGAACCUCUGAAGGCACAUCAGUGGGAAACCACCCCCGGGCCUCCUACGGAAGGGCACUUUCCAUGACUCACGGCUCUGCAAAAUCACCCGUCUCCAACGGCACCUUCGGCUUUGACGGCCACACGAGGAGUGACGGGCACGUGUACCACACGGUGCACAAAGACUCGGGGCUCUACAAAGACUUGCUGCACAGGAUUCACUCAGACAGGGGGCCCGAGGAGAGGCCCGCACAGGAGAACAACUACCGGUUUCUGCGGCGAAAUAACAGUUACACGUGCUACACGGCAGCCAUCUGUGGAAUGCCUGUCCACUCGACCUUCAAAGCUGCUGACUCGUCAUCUGCGCCAGAGGACAGCGAGAAGCUGGUGGGGGACGCCGUGUCCUAUUCUAAAAAGAGGCUUCGCUAUGACAGCUACUCAAGCUACUGCAAUGCGGUAGCAGAAGCUGAGAUAGAGGCCGAUGAGGGAGGUGUGGAAAUGAAGCUGGCAUCUGAGCUGACGGAUCCCGACCAGCCCCGAGACGACUCUGCAGAAGAGGAGAAGGAGGAGAAGGACACAGCCGAGGUCCACCUCCUGUUCCAUUUCCUGCAAGUCCUUACUGCCUGUUUUGGAUCCUUUGCUCAUGGUGGCAAUGACGUGAGUAAUGCCAUUGGUCCCCUGGUAGCUUUGUGGCUGAUUUAUGAGCAAGGUGCAGUCCUGCAGGAAGCAGUUACCCCCGUUUGGCUGCUGUUUUAUGGAGGAGUUGGAAUUUGUACGGGUCUGUGGGUCUGGGGGAGAAGAGUGAUCCAGACCAUGGGGAAGGACCUCACCCCCAUCACACCAUCGAGCGGCUUCACCAUUGAGCUGGCCUCCGCGUUCACAGUGGUGAUUGCCUCCAACGUCGGACUUCCUGUCAGCACCACACACUGCAAGGUGGGGUCCGUGGUGGCCGUGGGCUGGAUCCGCUCCCGGAAAGCCGUGGACUGGCGCCUCUUCCGGAACAUCUUUGUGGCCUGGUUUGUGACUGUCCCCGUGGCCGGGUUGUUCAGUGCUGCUAUCAUGGCUCUUCUCAUGUACGGGAUUCUUCCAUAUGUGUGAUUUGUCUUCUUCCGCCCAGUACACAAGGGAGGGUCUGGUGUGGGUAUGUGUAGGUGGCGUGUUACACGCACGCUGCCUGCGCACGGCUGUCUCCCAGCCAGCUUGUCCGUGGCCCUUUCAUACGGUUCCAAACCACACUGUUCACCUACACUGUAGAGAGUCAUCCUCCAGAGCUAACUUAACUACUGUACAUAAUCAUGUGCAUUAAACUGGUAUCGUGGUGACAUAACGUGGUGCAGUUACUUAUAUGUUAAAUAUAUAUUGUAUACAUAGAAUAGAUAGCAUUAUUUCAAACAUACUCGAAAUGGGAGUGGAGAAAUAUUGUCUAGAAUUCAAUAUUCAACAAAUCUUUGUAUGGAAUGAUUUCAGUGGCAAAUUUUAAGAACCUUUUAAAAGGAAAGUGUAGAUUGGAAAAUGCUAUUUUUCCCAUUGAAUAUACUGUAAGAUAAGUGUGAAUCGGGUUGGAUGCACAUUUGGGAAGAUGUACAUCCGGGGGUGUGCUCUUGAGUAAUACUGGGGUAGGAGUUCACAAGUGCUUUCACUGAGGAAUUUGUUCAUAUACUGUGUAUUGAUUAUGUAAUAUAUCAUAAUUGCCUCUGUAAAUACUUAAAACGGUAAUUUUUUAAUGGUGUGCUUCCCAUAUAGUUUUUUGAUCAGAGAAUUUUGGAAAGUACCAAAGAAGCAGGGGAAUAGUUUGCCAGUAUUAUAUUUUCAUACUGUCUUUCUCCCCUUCCCAUGAAUCCUACUGUUAACCUAGGCUGUAGCGAGACCGCCUGGCCCCGGCCUGCCCCCUAGCAGGGCGGAGGCCGAAGCACCAGCCCCCUGUCACGUGCUCGUUACGAGCAUCCUACUUCCUGUCCCCCGCCCCCACUGCCACCACUCGCUAGUUACUGGUGAGCCCUGCAGUGGCCCAUCGUCGUCGUCGUCGUCGUCAUCGUGUAGAGAAUGUACAUACGUGAGGCUGCCCGAUCAAGCACCACACACCAAGUCCAGUUUAAAUUUUCACCCGUACUCUCCCCUGCAGCCUGAAAAAGCGAAUUCUUAAAACACUAAGGCGAGUGAGUUGACAUUCAGGAGGGGGUAGAGUUGAAAUAUCAGACAAUACACUGGAUUUGAGGAUUUCCUUGAGGCCUUUACUAAGCUGAACAUCUUGAGGCUCUACUGUAGUCCCACUGGAUUCUGUCCUGAAAGCGGGAGGGAGGGAGUGUGAGUGAUGCUGGAGCCUGAAACCGUGGAAAUGCUGCUAAAAUUUUUAUAUUGACAAACGUUUUCUUGGUACUUCAUUGUGAUUUUUCAUUAAUCAACCAUAUUAAAUUUAUAAUAAAAAAAUGCCCUUCAAAAGGUU